UUUUAAAAGAAAUGUUGCUAUCUUCAUAUCGAUUUGAUUGACGUUUUAUUUGUUUAGUGAAAACGUCAAAAAAGUGUGAAAUGUUUUGAUAAAUUCGAUUUAAAUAUUUUAAAUGAAGGUAUCUCUACAAUUUUGAUUAUGGCUAAGGAAAUUCACAUCCUGUUCAUUUAUGAUACUUCGAAAUCACAAGAAGAGGAUGAAAGUGGACCUAUUUUGUAUUUUCAUCCGAUGUGGGUGCCUCAAGAACAAAAAGCUGCUUUAUGUGGCCAAGUUGUAGGUACUAUACAAUGUAUGAAGAAUAUAUUUUCAAAGCCAGAUGUUAUAACGUUGGUUAAUGGAAAGUUUGUCAUUAUUGAACACAAACAGUUCCUCUUCGUUAUGGGCACCGAUAAAAACACUCCAAGCACUUUUUUGCAAUCUCGUGCCAAAAGUUUAUAUGCUGUGAUAGAGUUUUUCCAUAAAGAUAUUUAUUCGCUACAGUUGAAUUAUAAUAGUAAAAACGAUGUAGAAAAGUUACACGAUAUUAUCGACUCUUACUUAAAGAUGCUAUUAGUAUCCGGUAAACUAUUUACACCGAAGCCAGCAUUUGUAUUACCUAAAAGCUCCAAUGACAUUUUUACUCAAGCUGUACAUAUUCUGGAAUGCUGUAGAAGUGGUAACUAUGUAUUAGGGGGUGUUGUUAGCUACCGUAAUAGGCUAGUCGUAACACAACUUUGUUCAGCAUUAACACAACUAGUAUUACUAACAGAAGCAUGCAGUGUCGUAUGUUCCAAUAAAUUAAUCAAACCAUCAUUCUCUCUGCCACAAGAAGUGCAGUUAUACGAAGUGUAUAUCUCCGGUAACGAAUAUUCCAAGUUACUUAAGCUUUCCCAUGAAAAUAUCUUUCAACAUCUGCGAGGUGGCAUUACUAACAAGAAGCCGAGAAAAUUAUCUCAGAAAGAAACAUCAAUCCUGUCUACAAUCAAAAGAGAACAAUCACUUCUGUUCACUUCAGUACCCGAAGAACGGCCUGUACCAACGUUCGAGUCUAACUUUACCCCAACAACCAAGAAAAAUCGACCCCGAUUUUUGAAUCUCGAAAAUACCACUACCAGAGGCAGCACAAACAAACUCUUAAGACAAACGAGUGACUACAACAUAUCCAGCCAGAUUGUUGUGUGUAGCACUCCUUUGCAAGAACAGAAGAAGUUCGUUCAUUUCAAUCCAUUGUCUCUGUGUCAUAAUGAAAGUAAGCCAGAUAUAGUUGAGUGUACAAAUAAGGCAGUUAUUAACAACACAGAAGGCAAAACUGCCAAACUAAAUAAAAAAAUUCACAAUUAUAUAUCUAAAAGGUCACAAACCAUUGCUGAUCCUACCUUUCCAGUAUUAAAACGCGAUGGCAAGCACAUGUCUCUUUCAUUUUACGAAGAAAACGAGAAGAAAGAUAUUUUACAACAAAAAUCGAUAAACAAAAGCUGCCAAAGUAUUCACAAAGAAGACAGUUUGAAUUUUUCGCGCGAAAAAAGUAACUUGUUGCUGUACGAAAAAAGUGGAGAAUAUAGUUUUCCUGAUUCCACGUUUGUACCCAACAGACUGAAAUCUCUGUCGUUUCUGAAUUAUAGUGCCAAAGGAAGUAAGAUAGAUAACAGGAAAUCGGUUAUUGCGAAGCCGAGUUUUGAUUUUCACCGUAAAAAAAUUACGAUGCAACUUGAAAAGAGUUGUAAUGGAGGGAAUCAGAUGGAAAAAUGUGUGUUGUUCCAAUGGCACGAAAAUAACAUAACCAUAACCAUUUUGUUGAAGUUUGACAUCAUUGAAGACUCGUCUGCUAUAGAUUCAUUGUGUACAAUUUGCAAAAACCAGCUGAGUAAGCUAGAGAAUAAAAUGAGGGAUUGCUUCGAGUUAAAGCAGUCACAAGGGGGCGAACACUACCAGUUUAUAACGUUAGACUCAACCGGUCCAAGAACCUUCUGGAACGGCACUACUGAGGAUUGGCGGGAGCUGUAUUAUUUUAACGACGAAUUAUCCAACAAUAGUAUUACUGAAGUUUUAAUAAGGUCUCUCGACACCUCAUACUAUGGUUACCACUGCGGUCCCACUAAGAUUUUUUACGGUGAAACGACGAAUUGUAAUGGUGGGUUACCCCUACCGGCCGAUCCUAUGGGUGUACUGCAAGUAAAGGCAAAAAGAAGACUCGAAAGAGAUUAUGCUUUAAUUUUGUUUUAACUUUUUUCCUGUUAGAUGAUUUUGUAGGUGUAGGUAACUGUAUUUAUUUCAUAAGACAGGUUUUAGGUCACUUAAAAUUAAACUUACAAUGGAAAUAAUGGAAUAUACAGUCGGAAAAAUGAAAGAUCACCCAUGAACGAUCAUAUCCAUCAGUUAUUUUGUAUGUGCUGUCUCUUUCUAUAACAAACGUUUGGUAAUUAUAGAAAAAGACAGCAAAUACAAAAUAAGGGAUUGAUAUGAUCGUUCAUGGGUAAUCUUUCAUUUUUCCGACUGUAAGUGACCUAAACUUUCUAUUAUUCUGUUUCCAUGACUGAUGUUACGAUGGUAUUACUCUUCUUAUACAAUGUAUUAAGUGUUUGCAUAUCAUUAUGUAGUAGGACCAUGUUUAGUUCCCCUCGACACUCAUAUAGUCAUUCAUAAUCAACAUAGUUCUUGACAUUUGCAUUUUAUUUGACAUUUAAAAUAAUAUCUGCACAGACAAUUUAAGCUUUAAACGGUUAAACAACGAAAAAUAUCCGUGCCAAAGUGUUUUUUAAUAGACAUGUUUUUUUACCUACAUUUUCUUAACAAACAAGGCACCAUUGACUGAAGAAACAGAAGAAAAACAGCUGAUUUUCCCCCAUAGGGCUUUUCAUCGAUUGUCAUUUGUUUCGAGCUUCUGUCUUAUGUUGUAUAAUCUGUGUAUAAUAUUAAUAUACAAGGAUUAUACGAUAUAUGACAGAAGCUCGAAACAAAUGAUUGUAAAUGAAAAGCCCUAUUGUGAAGCCCAGAUUAAUAUCGGCUAACUAGCAAAAAAAGUCUUGAUAGAUCCGACAGCGUUGUUAUUAAGUCUACACGUGCAUAUAUGAGAUUUGCAAAUCAGAAAGAUCCUUCUGCAGAAGAUUAUAAUUAUAACUAUGUCGGCUUCUUAUGCUACUUUAUGUCGGUUUAUCUUCACUUCAAACUCUACUCUACACGCCAAAUUCUAAGCAACAAAGCUGUUUCUAACGAAUUAUUAGUAAAAAUUUGUUUGUUUUUAAUAAUAUUUAUCCCCUAUAUGUGAUAGAUUGUGUUAAAUGUGUAAUUUAUUAAAGAAUAUGCCACGUUAGUGGUGACAACGUACAAUUUUUUGAGGUUAGGUACAUGUUAUGAUCAUAGAGGUAUAUAUUAACAUAGAGUGAACCUACCCUCCGCGCUUCCUGACGACAAGAUCUCAUGGACUGGUUUGCGGCAUCUCUUUCUAACACAUUGUAUCGAGAAACUAAGAUGACACUAAGUGUGAGUAUAAGUACGGAAAGGGAGGACAACUGUCGCAGCUUUACUAUGCGUAAGAGUGAAAUAGCACUGAGCCAAAUAAAAAAGAUGGUGUCGUCACUGCGCUCUGAAUGACACUCUGUCUAUGAUAAUAUAUAACUCUAUGGUUAUGAUACAAUUAUUUGAGACAUUCAUGCCUAUUCUGUAACUCAUUUCGAUGAUAGAAGUCAGUAAAGUCGAAUAGAAAUAGUCCAAAUCCGUAUUCCAUAACUACUUCGGAAUCUCUACAAUCGUAAUGUGAAUAGAAAUCACUUCGACAGCAUUUACCCUGUCGAGAUGAGAUUUCGAUUAUCGGAAUUGUGGUUGACGCAAGCGCAUUUUGUUUUGUUUUUACGUUUAUAUUUUAUAUAUAAAAAUAAUUAAUUACAUACUACUUAUUUAUAAUUAUUUAUAGUAUUUGUACCUUUUUUUAGCUGCUUAAUUUUUAGUCUGUGGUGUUAUUUGUUUAGAGAACUAUAUAUAUUUCAUUUAGACAUGUUGUACGAGUAUGAAUAAUUGGACCUAACCUUAUUUAUUUGCUACUUGGCGUCUGAAUGUUUCCCAUUCACAUUGUUGCCAUAUUUUGUUCGCAUAUUUCUUGUACAAUUGCAAUCAAUGGUAUAAUGCACAAGAAUAGCAUACGAUAGACUUCUUAUGCGUUAAUUGAUAAAUAAAUAUUAUACCAGUAUACUUGUAUAUUUAUCAGUCAACGCUCAUAGUCUGAACAAAUUAUAGAAAAGAUGCCAUUUUUGGGAAAAGCUGUUUAGCAGUUAUUUCAACUGGAAUCGAAUCUUAAAGAUUGCAUAUUAUUAGUAAUAUCAAUUUUAAAUAAUUUAUUAAUAAUAAUGAAUUAAUAACAUCCAUUUAAAUAUCUUUGAUUUAAAAGCAUUUAUACUUCUUAUCUUCACUUAUCUUUUUUAUUUAUCAGUUUAUCUUCUUUUUUAUAUCAAUUUUAAUUAACUUUAAUUUAAAACCAUUUAUCCUCUUUUGAGCUUUUUGCAUCCAGUAUUUACACGAAUAUUUUAUUUACUUCUCAAAACUUUGAGGAUAGUAUGAAGAAAGUAUGAAAACAUUGAGGAAAUGGCAACGGUGUCAUAUUUCAAGUAACAAAAUAGGUCACAGAACACAAUUUCGCUGGUUACUGCGCGGUUGCCACCUCCUCAGAACCGCGUGAAAUAGAAGUCAGAGAUUUCGAUUACGAUAUGAGUUACAGAAUACCGAUCCAAACACAAAAAUGACGCAAUAGAUAUCAAACAUUCCGAUUUUGGGUAAUUACGAUUCGACUUGGUCAUUUCUAUUCGAUUUGUUAAAAGUUACAGAAUAGGGCUGAUUGUAUUCCGCUCUUGACCAACUAAGAGAAGUAGAUAAAAAGGAAAGGAAAAACGAAUAUCUAAAAUCCUUCGAAAAAUUUCAGCAUAACUGAAAGAUUCCAAACUACCCCGAGGUAUUCCAGAGAAACUAUUUAUUAGUUUCAGCAUAGUGAUGUAGUGUACUAUUCUAGGACAGUUUUGAAUUAUAGACUGUCCCAGAAGUUUUGGAGUCGUCCCUACCUGUUCUGAAUUCUUUUAGAGACUUCUAAAAUGUUCCAAAUGGGCAAAACUGAUCGCAAACAAGUGCCAUGGUGGUAAACAAUAUCAAAAAAGACGAAAGAAACCAUCGAUUGGAUAAAAGCUCUAAAAGAAGACUAAAGAAGAAAUAGUUUUUGCAAGGUUUGUGUCAAUCCUAUUUACUAUUUUUGUUGGGAAUAAACCACAAUUUUACAUUAAAAUUAACGUUUCGAUUUCCGAAGUGGAAAUCGAAACGUCAAGUAAACUUAUUUUAAAGUAAAAUUGUGACUUAUUCCGAACGAUAAUAAUAAAUUACAGUUAAACAAUACAUAUAGCCAUAUGAUCUAUCUCUAUCUAUCAGCGAGGUUCCUACAGCCUCUGCCGCUUCUCGCAUUUCGACCGCCAUCGUUUUCUGUCCAUCCAUUCGUCUUCUUUGAUGGCUCUAUCUUUCAUGAUGUGCCGUACAUUUUCUUCCCAGGCAACUGAAGGUCUUCCCCUUUUUCUUCUUUGGUGUGGUAUGUAAUUUAAAGCUUUCUUUUACCAUCCAUCUUCAUUCAUUCGUUUUACGUGACCAUACCACACUAGUUGUCUAGUUUCAAUUUUAUCUACACUGGAAUAUACAGUAUGUGUCCUCCUUCUAAUAUCUUCAUUCCUGAUGUGAUCUUUUUUAGAUAUACCACACGCUCUCUUUUUCUACUACUUCUAUUCUUUUCCUAUCUUUUUUUGUCAUCUGCCAAACUUCUGCCCCAUAAGUCAUAAUAGGCUCUACCAAGGUACGAUAGAUUGUCAAUUUCGUUUCUUGUCUUAUAUCCUUAGACCAUAGUAGAGAGCUCAGAAUGUUUACCGCUUUUUUGCCCUGCUGCGUUCUCUUUUCGAUGUCUCUUUUGGUAGUGCCUUCUUUAGAUAUUAUAGAUCCGAGAUAUUUAUAUUCAUUACAUCUUUUCGUGGUUCUAAUUUCUAACUCUGGAUCUUCUUCAUAUAUGCCAUAUACAGCGUGUCCAAUUAAGUCGGCAUCAUAUGGGAAACUUUUUUAUUCUUACAAUUUUAACUAUUUAUAAUGGGAAAUAAGCCACAAUAUUAUUAAAAAAUGAUUUUUAUUAACGUUUCGACGCCCAAAUCGGGUGCCUUUGUCAAAAUACAAAAUACUACUGUAUUUUGUAUAUUUUGUAUUAUUAUUAUUAUAUCAGUAGUAUUUUGCAUUUUGACAACGGCACCCGAUUUGGGCGUCGAAACGUUAAUAAAAAUCAUUUUUUAAUAAUAUUGUGGCUUCCUAUUUCCCAUUAUAAAUAGUUAAAAUUAUAAAAAUGCCACAAGAAAAUAGCUUCAGAACAACAUUUUUAUUCUUAGUUUUAUGAAAAAAAGUAAUUCUUUAUAGAAAGUUGUGCAUGGUCUAAAACUUAAAAUACAACCAUCAGUUAUCAAUUUUUUUAAGCCGUAUACGAGGUAUGUCAAAAAAUAUGAAUUUUACUCAAGAGUAAAGUAGCUUUAUUUUUCACAAUAUUGAAAAUUGUUAUAAUGAAAGGUUGUUUGAAAUUAAGAACUAUAUUUUAAUAUGCAAUUUCAUCCUUCUAAUUGAAAAAAAAAAUUUAAUUUUUUUUAAUUAUGGAUACUUACCCACGUUAUUUUCAGUUAUUAUUUCAAUUAUGAUAACUCGUUUAUUAUUAAUUUUACCAAAAAUAGUUAUUCUGUAUAAAAUGUUCUGCAUGGUCUAACAUCUAAAAUACGACCAUCUUAUAUCAAAUUUUGUCAAUUUUAAUACGAGGUAUAUAAAAAAUAUGAAUUCGCUUAAGAGUAUGUACUUAAAUAAAAUACAUACCGGUAUUUUUCACAAUAUUGAAAAUUGUGAUUAUGUAAAUUUGUAUAGAACUAAAAAGCAUGUUUCAAUAUGUAAAUAUAUCCUUCUUAUUGAAAUAUUUUGAACUAUAAAGGUACUUUAUUCUUGAUCGAAAUUCAUAUUUUUUGACGUACCUCGUAUAAAAUUGAUCAAAUUUGAUAUUAGAUGGUUGUAUUUAAGGCUUUUGACCAUGCAGAACUUUUUACAAAGUAUACAUUUUUUUCGUAAAAUUAAUAAUAAAAGAGUUAUCUUAAUUAAAAUAAUAACUGAAAAUAAUGUUGGUUAUCCAUAAAAAAAUUCAAAUUUUUUUUUCAAUUGGAAGGAUGAAAUUGCAUAUUAAAAUAUAGUUCUUAAUUCCAAACAACUUUUCAUUAUAACAAUUUUCAAUAUUGUGAAAAAUAAAUCUACUUUACUCUUGAGUAAAAUUCAUAUUUUUUGACAUACCUCGUAUACGGCUUAAAAAAAUUGAUAACUGAUGAUUGUAUUUUAAAUUUUAGACCAUGCACAACUUUUUAUAAAGAAUAACUUUUUUUCAUAAAACUAAGAAUAAAAAAGUUUCCCAUAUGAUGCCGACUUAAUUGGACACGCUGUAUAUAUGUCAUAUAAGCCAUAUGAUGCCACAAGAAUAUAGCUUCAAAACAAUAUUGUAUCAAUCCUGUGAUUUUUGUAUAAAAUUUAAAAUUACCUAUGAGAAAUGUAUGAGAAAUUUAGUUGAUGUACCUAACCUCAAAUAGACAACAAAGUGAUGUCACACCAAUGAGGCAUAUUAUCGUAAGUCUUGAUAUACAUUCCCAAAAAAUAUUCAGUCUUCAAAGAAGUGAUAUGUUUUUUAUAUUAUUUACUAUUUUUAUAUAUGUACUUAUUAUAUUUUUGUCAUGAUUAUCUAGUCCAAUGUAUGAAAACCAAAAUUCUGGUGAGAAGCUAGAAUAAAAUAAAUGUCUCUAUUUCCUAA